CUGUAAUCACUUGUUUGUUAUCUUAUCAACUUCCGAUCUACGGAGAAAAUUUAUUAUCUGUAUUGUCUUAGCUGUAGUUUUACGUUUUUAAAAUAAGUCGUCACGAUGGAGAAAGCGGCCGUUGUUUUGAUUUUUGCGUCCUUGUGUGGUUUUGGGGCGGCUUUGCAGUGUUAUACGUGUUCGGUUGGGGAGCAGGAUGCGGAUAGAACGUGUGUUGAUAACCCCGCGAACACCUCCAUGACGAAUUGCAAUAAAAAGUAUUGUACUAUUAUCAGACAAGAGUAUUUGGACCCCAAAGACAAAGUUGCUUCAAUGUACAGAGGGUGUGAAGAUAAACCACUUCAUAUGAAUGAAAUUAUAGAAGAUGAAUCGUACAGGUUUUACUAUGUGGCGUGCCAGGAAACUCUGUGUAAUGGGGGUAGUGGGAAAGCUGGGAGCGGCGACUCUGAUACAAGUCUGGGAGACAAAUCAACUUUAAUAAUACCAGGAGUUGGAAGUGGGAGUCACAUUCAAGUAUCAGUUUCUGUAGUUUUAACCCUUUUGAUAAUUUCUCUAUUUAUUUAAUAUUUAAUAACGAUAAUUAUAAUAAUAAUGAUUUGUUUUCAAGUGGACAGUGUCCACAUAAAACCAAACAUUUAACAAAUAAACUAAGUAAGGGAAACUGCUAUAAUUGCAA